AGACAUUGUUUUCAGAGGUCUGUGCUAGCAAAGCGACAAGCAAAGAGUCUCAGAAGAGCUCCUCAGAAUGAGCUCUGUUUCUGAAGACUUGGGUUGUAGACGUGGAGAGUUUAGCAGAAAGCAUUAUGGAUCUGUGGAGCUGCUUAUAUCUAGUGAUGCUGAUGGAGCCAUCCAGAGAGCUGGACGAUUCCGUGUGGAAAAUGGAAUCUCUGAUGAAAAUACAGACUACACCCCAGGUACAUGGCAUAGAACGGAUGUACAUCUGGAAAACCCAGAGUGUCAUACAAGAUGGUAUUUCAAAUAUUUUCUAGGAAAAGUUCAUCAAAAUUACAUAGGUACAGAUGCAGAGAAAAACCCUUUUUUUCUGUCUGUUGUACUCUCUGACCAAAAUAACCAGCGAGUUCCUCAAUAUCGUUCAAUUCUUUGGAGAAAAACAGGUACUCAGAAAAUAUGCCUUCCUUAUUGUCCCACAAAAACAUUAUCAGUGAAAUCUAUACUAAGUGCUAUGAGUCUUGACAAGUUUGAGAAGAGCCCAAGGGAAAUUCUUGAUCCUGAGAUACAAAAGGAUUUGUUGGUUCUUGAAGAGCAAGAGGGAUCUGUAAAUUUUAAAUUUGGAGUCCUUUAUGCUAAGGAUGGACAGCUUACAGAUGAUGAAAUGUUCAGCAAUGAAACUGGAAGUGAAAGUUUUCAAAGAUUUUUGGGUCUCAUGGGCGACAAAAUUACUUUGAAAGGCUGGACAGGCUACAGAGGAGGACUGGACACCAAAAAUGAUACAACAGGAUCAUUUUCCAUCUAUACAGUUUACCAAGGACAUGAAAUUAUGUUUCAUGUUUCAACCAUGCUACCAUAUUCUAGAGAGAACAAGCAGCAGGUAGAGAGGAAGAGGCAUAUUGGAAAUGACAUUGUCACUAUCGUGUUUCAGGAAGGAGAAGAGUCUUCUCCAGCAUUCAAGCCAUCCAUGAUUCGUUCUCAUUUUACACAUAUUUUUGCCUUGGUGAGGUAUAAUAAGCAGAAUGAUAGUUACAGGCUGAAAAUAUUUUCAGAAGAAAGUGUUCCUCUCUUUGGGCCUCCCCUUCCAUCCCCACCUGUGUUUACAAAUCAUCGGGAAUUCAGGGAUUUUGUGUUAGUGAAAUUAAUAAAUGCAGAAAAAGCCACCUUGGAAACCCCAACAUUUGCUCAGAAACGUCAACGAACUCUAGACAUGCUGAUUCGCUCUUUGUACCAAGACCUGAUGCCCGAUCUACACAAGGUAAAUAACAUGCUCAAUAGGAGGUCCUUUAGUGAUGUGUUACCAGAGUCCCCAAAAUCAACACGGAAAAAAGAGGAAGCUCGGCAAGCAGAAUUUGUCCGUCUUGGUCAGGCUCUGAAAUUGAAAACCACUGUAAAAGGGGAUGCCCCAACUAAUUUGACAACCACAAGCCUUUGUAAAAAGGAGCCUUGGGAGGCCCAGUCUUUCUGCAACAAUUUUCCUCAUGAGGUUGUCUGUGCGGAUUCUUGGGGCCAAUCCUUGCUAGUUUCUACAGAUGCUGGCAUCUUAUUAGUAGAUGAUGAUCAACCUUUGGUACAAGUAUUUGAUAAAACUCUCCAAAUAAAGCAGAUGCAUGUGCUGGAAGCUCUGAAUCUUUUGAUUGCCAGAACAGACAAAGGGAAGGACUCUCGUCUCCUGGUCUUCAGACUGAGUGCAAUCCAAAAGGAUAUAGAAACAAAGCAGAUGAUAAGAAGCAAAUAUGACUGUAGAGAAAAUAAACUGGAAAGAACAAAAGGCUGCCACUUGUAUGCCAUUAAUACUCACCAUGGCAGUGGACUGAGGAUUGUUGUGGCUAUUCGGAACAAACUGCUACUUGUCACAAAGAAAUAUAGUCUAUGCAACAGUUUAACCAGCAGCUCUCAGCUGUCAUCGUCUGACUCUCCAGUAGAUGAAUUCCAGUACAUCCGGGAAAUAUGCCUUUCUGAUCCUCCAGUGGUUAUGACACUGAUUGAUGGACCUACUGGAGACAGUGACAAUAUGAUCUGUGUAGCGUAUCGGCAUCAAUUUGAUUUAAUUAAUGAAAGUACGGGGGAGUCCUGUAGAUUGCAUCAUGUUGAAGCAAGCAAGGUUAAUUUUGUUGCAGCUAUUGAUGUAUAUGAAGAUGGUGAAGCUGGGCUGCUCUUAUGUUACAACUAUGUUUGCCAGUAUAGGAAGGUGUAUCCCCUUAAUGGAGGUUCUCCAUUGAUCCAACAAUCGGCUUCUGACUUCCACUUUAGUUGGAACCAAGUUCCUUAUGCUGUGGUUUGUGCUUUCCCUUAUAUUCUUGCCUUCACUAUUGAUUCCAUCGAGAUUCGGUUAGUGGUGAAUGGGAACUUAGUCCACACAGCAGUUGUACCUGAACUUCAACUUGUAUCAUCAAGGUCAGACAUUUAUUUUAAAGCUACUACUGCAGUAAGUGGAUCAUCUAGUAGCAGUUCCAGGGAAAUGAGUUCAAGAAGUUCUCCUCAAACACCAAUAACAUAUGAAAUGUCAGAAUGUCCUCUUUCUUCUUUAGAAGGUGAAGUUCCAUGCAAAAACCUGUACAAAAUUCCUCUCAGUAAUCUGGUUGGGCGGAGCAUAGAACGACCUCUGAAGUCACCUUUGGUUCCCAAGGUCGUCACUACUCCAAUAUGUAGUGGCAUUGCUUCUGUUCCUGUUACUCACUCAUUAUCAUUAUCUCGUAUGGAAAUUAAAGAAAUUGCAAGCAGAACACGUAAAGAAUUGUUGGGUCUCCUGGAUGAACCGAUUUCCAAGACAGAAGGCCCAAAGCAACAAAAAAAGCUUCCUCAAAGACAGUCAGACCUCAAGCAGGGAGCAGUACGAUCAACUAGUAGUGACAGGCUACUUUCAAGCUCUUUGGAAGGCAAUUCUGAAAAGUGUCAUCUUUCCACUAGUUCAGAGACUGAUACACUAGCAAACACCGAGGAGAGCCCACUGUCCAGCUCUCCUUUUCAGUUGACUUCUCUAUAUGAUGAAGACAUCAUUGACUUGAAGUGAGGACAGUCUUAAAAGCUGUCUUAUUUCCUUUUCUUAAAACUGUGAGCUCUGUAAGAAUGUCACUAACACUGCUUCUAGUGAUAAAUGUGGAUGGGAGGUAUUGGUGAUUAAUCUUUAUAAAACCCAUGUUGUUCUGACUAGCUCAACCUGACUUGGUGAUGCUUACAUUCUUGACAUACAGAUGUGUUCCUUUCUCAGUUAACGAGCCAUUACUUGUUGUGUCAUUUAAAAGGUAGGUAAUCAGUGACAGCUUUAUGCUGAACUGAAUAAAACUGAAUAAAAAGUAAACUUUCUUCUGAACCUCUUAUCUUUGAAGUACCUGAAUGAAAGUAACCCGUAGCUAAAUUAACUGAUUACUGUUAUUGCUAUUAUGAGUUUUACAGCAGUGUGUCUUGUGGAAAGAACUUGGUAACGUAAAUGACACCUUUUGUAUUUUAAUCAAAAAAAAAAAAAAAAGAAUUUCAAGCUGUACCUUGAAAUGGUGCAACUGUGUUCACUGAAGAAUCAAGGAUAUUCUGUAAAGAUCAGGUAAGAUAUGAACAUGCUGCUUUCUUUGUUCUAACCUAUCCAUUUACAUAUUUAAAAGAAACCUGAAAACUGUUUUGCAUAAAGAACCCCUGAGCAGAGACUUUUUGUAUAAAAUACAAGCUUUUGAAAUAUUCCUUAAAAACGUGAAAAUCAAAAAAAAAUUUUGCUUCUCUAACUUCAGAGAUGCUACUGUGGUAUUACACAUACAAAUUUUCCAUUAUAGGCAGAAGCCAAUGCUUGAUUUGCUUUUUGACUACACAAGGAUGCCUGUGCAGGCAUCAGAAAUUACCUGUUGUCUGCUCUUGCAUUAACAGUGUAAGUCUCUGCUCCAUAUAACUGUAUUUUUCUAAGUGGUUCCAGAAUGAAGUUUCACUGAUGAGCAGCUAGUUUUCUAUUAGGAAAUAGUCAUAUUAGGUCAUUUUGUUAUGUUAAAGAACAGGAUUUCAUCUUUAAAGAUUUUUUAAAAUCCUUUCUUCUAUGCCAAGAAUCAAUUUUAAACAAAGGUUGAAAAGGUUUGCUUUUUUUUUUCAUUAGAAUGUGACACAGGCUUUUUAUAUAUGGAAAUUUUAGCUUUAGUAGCAAGUUUUUGUGUUCUAUACCUAGAAAUACUUCUGCUUUCUUGAUUUAUUUUUGUAGUGGCAUUUAUGUAUUGUGAUUUCACGUUCUGUCCAAAUAUUAAUAGCUGGAGGUUUGUGCCUUUUUUUCAUGUCAGUCUGUCUGAAUGUAAAACUUUUGCCAAAGUACUCGGAGCCCUAUUUAUUAUAUAUAAUGGCUUAAUUGUUCCACCUAAGAAAAUA